CGUGUAUUUAGUGUGCUAAUAUAGAAAUUGAAAUUUCAGUAAAUGGAUCAAUAUCGGAUCAUUGGGAAAUUAUGGAAUGCAGACAUCGAUUUGAUUUUCUAAUACAGUGUCUGAAGGGUUAACUCGGAGUACUUUAAAAGAUGAGUGGGAAGACUUUGGAAGAACUCGCGGAGGCUGUGGCAAAAUUAGAUAGGUACUAUCUGAUGAAGCUGAGCUUCGACAAGCCGCCUCAGUUUUUAUUAGACUUACUGACAGCAGCCAUGCUUCUUAUAGGGGAAGAGAACCCGACAUGGGCCACGAUCAAGCACAAUUUGCCCAGAACAGAUGGUAGAGGAUUGAUGGAUCUGGUGGUAGAAUACGACCCCACCGAUGUUUCAGCCGCAACAAAGGCCAAGGCCAGGGACUUGCUUUCGAAGUACACACUGGAACACAUGCGUUCUCCCUUCACCGCCACAGUGUUUGAAUGGGCCAUGGCAGCAGUUAACGCCUAGCAACAACUGGCUAUCUGUCAACGACUCGAAUUGUUGUGUCAUGGGUGUACUUUAUUUGGUAGGAAAUGACAGACUGGCGCUCUUGAGAAAGUUUGCAAAGACGGGAAGCAUGCGUGUUCAACCAGAGACUUUCAUAUUGAACAUCAUGUUUCGCUUAUUUUAUUAUGCUUUCCGACGGAUUAUGUAAUUUUUCAAUAAUGAACGAACUAAAAGAGUGUAAAAAUAACGAUACAGCGUGAUUGAUUUUUGUUUUAUUCAAAAGAAUUGUCAAUGGCAAAUAAUUCGCGAGAUACUCCAGUACUUUAGUUGAUAUUCACUACGAAACUUUUAAUCGAAAUUUCAUCAAAUCUUUAAAAAAGAAACAUAUGUCGAAAUUCGUUUGAUACUUCGGAAAAAAUAGAGUUAGUUUGUGUUUAAAAAUUUGAGCACUGUUUCUUCAAUAUUUACCAGAAUUUAAUGUGAAAAACGGAAAUCGGCCAUAUACGGAAUUAUCAUUGUUUUGACAGUUGACAUCCGAUGGUAAUUGUAUGAAGUAUGAAGAGAAGCUGACGAAAUGUUAACACAAUCGCGCAGAAGUAAAUAUAUCAGCGUAUUAUCUGUAUCUGUUUCUAAUUUUCGUUAAUUUUAAAAUUAUUUUACAAUUGCUAUAGUAUACAAUAAAUAUUUGUAAAUAUUU